AAAAUGAUCCCUCCACCGGCCUCCACCCCCCGGUCCCCGUCCAGCGCGCCCCAGCCCAUGGCUACUCGGUAAGAGAACGAUGGACUUGACCGAAGCGUUCUUGGCGAUCUUCCUGGUGGUCGCCCUGGCCGUGUCUCUGCUGGCCAACCUGCUGGUGCUGCUAUGCUUCGUGUCCAGCUCCGAGCUCCGCAAGCAGGUGUCGGGGGUCUUUCUGGUCAACCUGUCCUUUUGCAACCUGCUGCUGACCGUGGCCAACAUGCCCUUCACCCUGCUGGGGCUCCUGACGGGUCGCUCGCCCGCCGGCGACCGUCUCUGCCAAGCCCUGGGAUUCCUGGAAACUUUUCUGACUUGCAACGCCAUGCUGAGCAUGGCGGCCCUCAGCAUCGACAAGUGGAUCGCCGUGGUCUUCCCCUUGAGUUACGCCAGCAAGAUGCGGUUCAAGGAUGCGGUGGUCUUGGUGGGCUACUCCUGGAUCCACUCGCUGGCCUUCCCCCUGGUGGCCCUGGGCUUCUCCUGGCUGGGUUUCAGCGGCAGCUACGCUUCCUGCACCUUGGCCCUCAAGGAAGCGUCGGACCGAAGGAGGUUCACAGCCUUCACCAUCGUGUUGCACGCCACUAGCUUCAUGCUCUCUCUGCUCAUCCUCUGCUUCACCUACUUGAAAGUCCUCAAAGUCGCCCGCUUCCACUGCCGGAGGAUCGAUAUCAUCACCAUGCAAACCCUGGUUUUGCUCGUCGAUAUCCACCCCAGUGUGAAGCAGCGCUGUCUUAACGAGCAGAAGAGGCGUCGGCAGCGGGCCACCAAGAAAAUCAGCAUUUUUAUAGGAUCUUUCGUCAUCUGUUUUGCACCUUACAUUAUCACCAGGUUGGUCGAGCUCCUUCCUUUCAUCACAAUCAACUACUACUGGGGGAUUGUAUGCAAGUGCCUGGCCUACAGUAAGGCUGCAUCGGACCCUUUCGUGUACUCCCUUCUGCGCAAACAGUACAAGAAAGUCUUGAUGAACAUUGUCAACAGGCUCCUGAAGAGAGACCUCUACCCUUCCUCCGGCUACAACAGCUCUCUGGACACAGAGAACGAGUACUGCCUCCACAGAACAAACUGAGAUUCCUGCCCCGGUCGUCUCUGGCCAGUCGGGACGGACCUUCCCGAAUCUUGCCCGACUCGGAGCGUCACCUCCUCCCCACCUGGCGAUGCGACGAUGGCCACCGAAAUCCUAGGGUCGCGCUGGACGAGGUCGCUCGGAAUCGGGGCCGCCCGACGGGUUCCGUUAUCGUCCGCGGGGAGGGAGAUCACCCGGCGGGGCCGCUGCUGGAUGCUCUGCGGCCGGGCCCUGCUCCAUAAACUUGUCGGGUUCGGAUCUGGGGGUUCGACUGUCCCGAUCCCUUGCCGGUCUGGGCCCCGUAAGGGGCCGAGGGGGGGCUGCUCACUCUUUCCCAUCAGAGAGUUUAAAAAGCAGGAUAUCCUAGCGGCUGGCUCGGGUUUUAAUGCGACGUCUGCCUAAAGUAGAAGACCUCGCGCUAGUCCAGUUUAGAGAACGUUCCCCCUUCCAACUCAGCAAGUAGCGGAGUGCUGUUCACUUUCGAAGCUCCUUCGUUUCUCCCCCAGCCCCCUUGCCUGGGGAUUUUGGCUUGGCACACAGGUGACUAGAUUUUUAUCUACUUAGUUUUAUUUUUGUAAGAGCUGGCCUAAGGUAUGUCGAUUUGGGAAAGAGGUUUCUAGAACGUCCUUGUGGAAUGGGUCCUUAAAUGAGAGUGUUCCUCGCGUAUUUGGCUCCGAUUCUAAGGACAGCUUUCCAGGAGAAUUUUCCCUCGAGGAGAGAACUCCGUCGGAAUCUCCUUCAGCGAUACCAAGGAUGAGAGCUUGGGCCGUUUGUACUAGACAGGAUGAUUGUAAUGUCGAGGGAAAGAGGGGACGCGUACGUUUAGCAGGGCAUAUGACCAAAGGCUAAAAGCCCGAUUUUACUAGGUUUAACACUUCCUGGACUUUGUUCCAUGACAGAAUCACUGAAGGAACGAUGGUUCUCCUAUCAGGAAGGAUGGACAAAUCUCAAUCCUGAAGAGUCUCUAGACUGUAAACUCACUGUGGGCCGGGAAGCAGCGUGGCCUAAUGGAUAGAGCCCGGGCCCGGAA